UUCUGACAUUUUCCAUUUGACAGCCAAAGUUCGCGUUUUUACAAUUUACGCGUUCUUGUACUUCCUUCUUUCUAUCAACUACCGCCGACGUUCUCUUUCUUUUCGAGUCCAUACUUCAGAAUGCCUCCGAAGAAGGAUACCAAGGGAUCGGCGAAACAGCCGCAAAAAACCCAAAAGAAGAAGGAGGGAGGAUCCGGCGGAAAGGCCAAGAAGAAGAAGUGGUCGAAGGGAAAGGUCCGUGACAAGCUAAACAACCAGGUCCUUUUCGACAAGGCCACAUAUGAGAAGCUGUACAAGGAGGUGCCUGCCUACAAGCUGAUUACCCCGUCGGUCGUAUCGGAAAGGCUGAAGAUUCGUGGAUCGCUCGCGAAGCGCGGUCUACGUGAGCUCUGCCAGAAGGGAUUGAUCAAGCAGGUCGUGUCUCAUCAUGCUCAGGUCAUCUAUACCCGCACCACAAAGGGAGACGAUCCAGUGGCGUAAUAUGAUGCUUCCGUUGUUUGUUUUGUGAGUGCAAUGUGCUCAUCCAUCUAGAGCCAACGAGGGGAACGGAUUCUGUGGAAACAUACAGAAUCGAGCCCUUUACGUGUAUCCAUCAUUAAACGCCUCGGAAUGGAAGAAAUAUACUUCUUGUAAACUAAGUGAACAA